GUGAGAGAGUGUGUUGUCAUGUGAAAGUAUGAACUCUGAACAAAGGGAAUCAGAAGUGAAACUUUAAUGUCUUUCUUCACCUGUUGAACACCAAGGAUCAAGAAAGUUAGGUUUUCAAAGAAAGAAAAAGAGAACUUCAAUAUAUAUAUGACAUCAGUCCUGUCCGUGCAGCUCCAGUGCCCAGUGUGUUUGUGCGUUUUCACCGACCCAGUGAGUCUGCCGUGCGACCACACCUUCUGCCGCCCCUGCAUCAGCUUUCACCUGCGGUGGAACUCAGCGAAGAGCCAGAGCCGCUGCCCAGAGUGCAGGGGCCCCUUCAGCCUGAAGGAUCUCCGGGCUCACCGUGUCUUGACCAAUAUGGCGGAUGCGGCCCGAGAGGAGGAGGAGAGCGGCCUUGCAGCGAGGGGACCAAAGGCAACGCAGGGACGCACUGUAGCCGCAGAACUGGUGUGUCUGGAGCACGAAGAGAAGUUCAAGUUGUUCUGUGAGACAGACCAGAGGCUGGUGUGUGUGAUCUGCAGGGAUGGAGAAAAGCACCGGGGACACACGUUCACACCCGUGAAAGAGGCGGCAAAGAUCAGUAAGGUGUGUAGGUCUAUGGCCAGCACAGUUUUUUUUAAACCUCAUAAUUGUAUUUAUACUGCUGUGUGAACCUCUUAAAUGGUAAGAGGUGUUUAUUAUAUAACUUUUCUUGCCUGUAGGUUUCCAAGUCUAUAUAUGUUGAAUUUCCUCAAUCUGUGUUUCAAGGUUCUACACAACAGUAACUGGAUAAAACCUGCAACGUCUCUUUCUCUCUUAAUCUCUUUUUAAUCUCUCUCUUUAAUCUCUCUCUUUCAAUCUUGCGCUCUCUCGCUCUCUCUCUGUCAUAAAUAUCAUCCGUAAAUCUGUAUACACCGUUAAACCCAUGCCAUGCAUUCUUUCUGUCACAAGGAGUGUUGUGGUAUGUGUCUGUUCUAGAGCUCUGUUGGCUCUCUGGCCUGGAUUCAAUCAGAGGCACAUUGCUUUGUAGACAAGCGCAUUGCAUUCCGACAAUGCACCUUUUAAAAAGAAUUAUUCAGACGUCUACAGAGAUCGCAUUCACAGUAAACGCUGCUGAUGUCUGCUCAAGCGGAAAUUACCUUUAAAUGUCAAAGAUGGUGCAUUGUAGACAACACACCAGAGCCGGGUAAAGGCAUAAACUACAUAAGCAGUCACUUAGGGUCCCCGGCUGCUAGGGGGCCCCUGACUAGGGAUGUUAACGGUUAAUUGGUUAGCCACCGAAAAUACAUUUGACCGGUCAUGCUUAUCGGUCUAUUGAUUAAUUUGCAUAAUUUUGUGGAAUUAAAUUGGUGCGUGUGUAUUUUCGUUAGUCCUCAUGCAUUUUAUUUAUCACAUUUAUCCCAGCAUACAGAGAGCCUUAUACCAAGGAGUGAAACCUGCUUUUGUAAGCCCAGUCAUUGCAUAACAAAUAACAAUUCUAAAUGCAAUCGCAUGUUAAAAACUUGUGGCCAUGAUUCAAAAGGAGCUAUUUUUAUUUCUCACGAUUCAAAAGGAGCUAUUUUUAUUUCUCAAUCUCAACUCGUAAAGAGCGCCUCCCAUUCGCCAUUUGGAUGCAUAGGAUAUAGCCUGCCUACCGUUAACAAUCAGCGCGUCACCCACCACUUUGCAAUGUGGGCUUGAGGCAUUAUAAUUGUUUGAAACCUGAACGUUUUACUUUACUUCAAAUAAUGAGGCAUAUUUUACCUUGCUUCAAAGUAGCCUUGCGAAAAUCCAUCCCUAGAAACGUGGUGGCAAUUAUUUUAUAAAGGCUUUCUCACGCCAUUAACCAGCAUUUCUCUCCUGUUCUAUUGGUUUUCAUAUCAACUUUCUUUCGUCGUGCAGAAGCCAAAGCCACAAUCCUAGUCAUAUUAGCAACCCAUCACAGUAGUUGCUAUUAGAUUCCCCCUCUUUCUAAGUUUCUAAUGGAGAUUUUCAUCUCAGUCACAUAUGGAACUGCUUGCAUUAGGUGCGCUGUUUAGAACUGUGUUUUCCGCUAAUUGCAUUUUGGCAAAUGUUUGAAAAUGACGUUUAAUUAGCUGCUUCAUUACAGGAGUUGCAUGUUCAAUAAUAGGCUAUUGCCUUUUGACUGUAAGACGAUAGGCUUGCUAUCGUUGCAUGUUUCCAUUAAGCUCUUAAUGAAAAAUGUAGUAUCAGAGAGGAAGAGGCAAAGCGAGAGGUUUCACUCUCGCCUAAAUCUGUCCAAAAUAAGUCCAAUGCGUUUCUAUGAUCGUAUUUUGGCCUAAAUUUGACGCCUGCCUUCCCGCCUUGGGACCACUCCCAUUGUUAGGGCGGAAACAUAAGCAUCUCGUCAUUAUAUAUAGAUCUCUAAUAGUAUUUUCUGUUUGUCAUGUUAUUUUCUGGUUGGAAAAAAUGUAACCGUUUGUUGACUGGUUAAUGAGGGUCAGUUAGUCGGCAGCAAAAUUGACAGACAUUUUCAUCCCUACCCCAAAAUUAUUAUAAUGAUUAUAAUUAUAAUGAUUAUUAUAGUUUAAUUUUUUUAGGAACUCAUUCGAGAUAUCAACUUACUGUUGAGAGUUCGAAUAGUAGAAUACACAAGGUGUAAGUUCGAAAUGUGGUUGAGCAUCAGCAGUUUGUAUCUUGUUUUGUCAGUCAUUGACAGUCACUCAUUGGUAAGUUAGUCUAGCCAGUUAUCUAAACUUGUAGUAAUCAUGGACAAAUACUGACCGGGCACACAGGGCACAUGCCCAGGGGUCCUGACAUCCAGGGUGCCUCCAUUGAUUUUGUUAGUCACUCUCACGGCAUAAGUCAUGGUAAAAUGUGUAGAAUUGCAGGAAAUAAGCUUUAAAGCUGCAAAAAUGUAUCUCUGCCCCAUGGCAAAAUGCUUUAAAACUGGAACAUUUUCUCUACACUCCAUGGGAAAGUGUGUAGAAUUGCAGGAAAUGAACUUCAAAACUUACAUUUUUCUCUCCGCCGUCAAGAGGGGGCCACUAAAAUAUUUUUCCCGCCUAUUGAAUCCUGCUCUCUGUGUUGUUAGAAUGUUCUGAAGGGAGCUCUUGGGUUCCUGGUGAAGGAGAACCGUGAAAUGGGAGGACUGAACCAACAGCAUGCCUUUGAGAUGAUCAAGACCCAGGUGAGGGCGUCUCUCUCUCUCUCACUCACACACACACACACACACACACACACACACACACACAGUCUUGUACAGCUAAUCUUGUGGGGACAUACAAUUCAGUCCCAUUCAAAAUUAUAUUUUCCCUAACCCCUAACCCUAACCCUAACCCGUACUCUUACCCUAACCCUAACCUGAACCCUAACCCUAACCUUAACCCAAAAACCUAACCUUAACCCUAACCCUAAACCUAACCCUAGCUCAUAACCCUAACCCUAAAACUAACCCUAGCUCCUAACCCUAACCCUUAACGUAAUUCUAAUCCUAAUACUAAUUCUAACCUUAACCCUAAACCCCCUAGAAAUAGCAUUUGACCUCGUGGGGACUAACAAAAUGUCCCCAGUUGGUCAAAUUGUUGUUUGUUUACUAUUCUUGUGGGGACUUCUGGUCCUCACAAGAAUAGUUAAACACGUCCACACACACACACACACACACACCUACACAUAUCAGUGUACAGAAAACAUGCAACACUGCAUAGAACAUGUAAAUGAACAACCAAACAAUCAACCACGCUAAUAGAUUUCAUCUUAACCUAAACUAACUGAAUUGAUCUGGAAACUGGAGGGCUGCUGGAUUCACAUCCUCAAGACAUUCCCUUACCGUUGUGCCCUUCAGCAAGGCCCUUAACGUUACAUCAUGCUCUCCAUCCAGGGGCGCUGCACUGCAGCUUGACCAUGUGCUCGUCUCAACUGUAUGUGUGAUGUGUGCUGUCUUGGGGGGGUUGAGAACGGAGCAGAAAACACAUUUCUGUUGGCUGUAACUAAUGGACAAUAAAGUUGUAUUGUAUGUAUUAUUUUAUUGAAUCAUUAACUAACCUGUGAAUUUGACUUUAGUAAAGCUUGAAGAAAAUGGUGUGUCCUACAGUCAAACAUUUCUCCCCCAUCACAGGAGAAGUCUAAAAGCCUGUCGGCUCACAUCUCCUCCUGCUUUGAGGAGCUGCACCAGUUCCUGAGGAGGCGGGAGGAGGAGGUGAAGGAGGAGCUGGAGAGGGAGGAGAAGAAAGCUGUGGCGGCCAUGCUGAAGAAUGAUUGUGUGAUCGAGAACAGGCUGAUGAUUGGGAGGGAGAUGGAAGUGACUCUGCAGUCUGCUCUGGAGAUACCUGAGUCUGACCACUUUCUAGAGGUGGGAGGAGUCUCACAGAGUCUAGUUACUCACAGUGUCAGGCACGCAGACCGGAAGGGCGGCUUCGGUUUCAAGUACUACCGUGACUACGCCGUCGCCACCAACACCGUCGUCUCCACAGAGACCGUCCAGACAGGGCAGCACUACUGGGAAGUGGAGGUGGGGGGGAAGCUGGACUGGGGGGUGGGGCUGAAGGUGAAGGAAGAUUCCGGCAAAGAGCCUGUCCUGUCUCCAGAGAGGGAGAUAAUGUUGCACCUGAAGCCUGAGAAGGGCCUGGUGUUCAGCCAUGAUGGUGUGGAGACGCCCCUGAUGGCUGCUGGUGCUGACCCAGGUACUCAGGCUGAGGCCCAGUCCUGGCCUCGUAGGGUGGGGCUGUACCUAGACUGUGACAGGGAGAGGGUGUCCUUCUAUGAUGCAGACAGCAUGGCUCUCCUCCACUCCUCAUGGUGCAGCUUCAUCUCCCCGUGUUCCUUAUGCCUCUGCCCCGGGCCGUACAUGGAGGGCCGCAAUACUAACCCACUGACUGUCUGUUGGUACUGA